AUGGAUAAUUAUGUGUCAAAUCCAGUCAAUAAGGACGAAGAGUGGUUAGAAUUUAUUACCAAGAACACCAAGGAAACUUCAGAAAAUCUGUCAAACGAUUUGAAUGCUCAAAAUCAAGAAACAGUUGAGACGCGAGUAAGUAAAGACUCCGUUGACAAUGACACUGACGAUGAGUGGUGUGAAGUAACUGAACGACCAUCAGGUGUUAUGGAUACAUUAUUAGAAGAACCUGACAUUUCUCAAGAUGGUGAUAAAGGAGAAGACUCAAAUAGACCACUUGGUAUAUUUAUAGAUAAAGAUGCUGAAUUUUUGUCUUUCCCUACCAUUUACUGUGGCAAACGUCAAGCUGAUAACAGUGAAAGACUUGUGCCUGUUCAAUAUAGUACAAUUUGUAAAUGGGAAUUACGAAGUCAAGAUAGAAGAGUUGCUCAGUCUAUGCCAAACAUUUUUUACAAAUUAAAAAAAUUACAGAUCAGACAAAUUCAAGGAAGUGCAAGUUUAUCUUUGCGUAAAUGUAAAACCAAAGGUAAAACUUACACAGCAGAAGAUUUGAAGUCUGAAAGUUCUGUUAAUAAGCUAAUCAAUUUAGAUGAAGGAUUCAAAGUUUUAUGUGUGUGUGUGGCUAACAGUUUGGAAAUUACCGACUUAUAUGUUGGCGCCAAUAGCAACAAUAUGGAUCCAGAUCCCAACCAUACAUUGUUAACUGUCAGUCAUCACAAUGAAAUUACAAGAGAACUACACAGCGCCCAUAAUUAA